UUUUCCUCCGUUGCUGUGGCCGCCACUGGCGGCGAGGAGGCGGAGCGAACGACGCGCUCUCCAAUCAUCCAGGUAGCGCAGCCGGCAAAGGAUUUCCAAGCACAGAUCUAGCUCCAGCACGCUUUCCUAGGGUAUUUUCCUCCUUUCUAGGGCUAUGGCGGGGGAAUUUUGCUAGGCGGGCGAGCGGAGGCGAGGAUGGGCGACGUCAAGGGGCCUCGCAGCAGCAAAUCCAAGGAGGGGGAUCACAGGGAUCCAUACGAUGUUCUCGGCGUCCCAAGAAAUGCCACGGAUCAGCAGAUUAAGGCCGCGUACCGGAAGAUGGCUCUCAAGCUCCAUCCAGAUAAGAACGCUGAUAAUCCAGAGGCCGCGGAGCUCUUCAAGGAAGUAGCCUUCUCUUACAGCAUACUCUCGGACGUUGAGAAGAGGCGCCAGUAUGACGCUGCCGGUUUCCAGGCCGUGGAGCUUGACGGGCUUGAGGUGGACUUGUCGAAUCUGGGAACUGUCAACACCAUGUUUGCUGCGAUUUUCAGCAAGUUGGGCGUCCCGAUCAAGACGUCGAUCUCACCGACUGUUUUGGAGGAAGCGCUCAAUGAAUCGGUUCAAAUCAGACCGCUUUCUCUCGGCCAAGCUGUUCAUGACAAGGUGGAGAAGCAAGGAGCACACUUUUACGGUGUGUAUCUCACGGAUGCCCAAGCCGCGUCGGGACUUGUUGUUCGUGUCUAUUCCACAGCUCAAAGCAAGUUUAAGCUUUUGUAUUUUGAGCCGGAGGAGAACGGGGGCCUCGGCCUGGCUCUUCAGGAAGAUAGCACAAAGACUGGCAAGGUGACAUCCGCUGGCAUGUAUUUUCUUCAUUUCCAAGUGUACAGAUUGGAUACAACAAUGAAUGCGUUGGCAAUGGCAAGGGAUCCUGAUACUGCAUUCUUCAGGAGAUUGGAAGGGCUUCAACCAUGCGAAGUUUUGGGAUUGAGAGCCGGUUCACACGUUUUUGCCGUGUAUGGUGACAAUUUUUUCAAGAGUGCCAGUUACACCAUCGAGGCAGUUUGCGCCGAUUCGUUUAAAGAGAACGCAGUGCAACUCCAGGAAAUCGAGGACCAGAUAAUGGUGAAAAGGAACGAGCUACGCGAUUUUGAAGCCGAGUACCGCGAGGCUUUGAACAGAUUUACCGCAGUAACGCAAAAGUAUGGGGCUGAAAAAAGCGCUGUUGACAUUCUCCUGAAGAACCGCGACAAAAUCCACGCUUCGUUCUCGACUUCCAAGAAGCACGGAGCAUCGAGCCACAAAGUGAACAUGGAAGAAAGCAAUGGCAAGGACGAGAACUCGUCGUCGGCCACGGCAUCGCCAGCGCGAGAAAAGGAUAAAGACACAGACAAAGACACCACCACUACUGGAAAGGAGAAAUCAAAGAAAAAAUGGUUUGGAUUCAAGGACAAGAGAUCGUCGGUGUAGAAAACAAAUUACUAUUCAGAAAGCGCGAGAAGAAGAUAAGCAUUGUAUUGAUUGAUUGGAGCAAAUAUUUUUACAUCGUUUGGUCAAAA